UCCACAAGAUCGAUAUACUAAUUUUGUCAAUAAUGUACAACAAAAUAUCGUAAUUAAUAUUAUUGAGAAACAAAAUCCUUCUGAACUUGAGUCUUCAUUUAAAACUUUUAUUUCUUUUAUAGAAAAUAUAGUUGAAAAUAUAUCUGUAGGUAAUCAGACGAACCUUUUAUACAAUUGGGAAGAAAAGGUUAAAUUAUCAUUGGAUAUAACGCAAGGGGUAAAAUCUUUGCGUAAACAAGGCAGUUUACAUUUGAAUCUUCGAAGUGCAAAUAUAUUACAAUAUGACGAAACGAAAUGA